UGCGCUGCCCACGGAAAUUCUAAAACUCCUCGCGCCUGUGCAGGGUGUUGGAACCAUAGCAAAAGAAAAGUCUGUGAUCUGGGUAAGGGACUCCUGGAUAGGGCUGGUACCAUAUCUAAACCCCUUAAAAAUAAUCAACCAAUAAGUCUUGAAGCAGUUUUACUAUCUAAAACAAUACUGGAUACAAUACUUGAUGUGCAUCACUUUGAUGACGACUUGCUGUACACAAUAACAAAUUCAUUUACAAAGCUGUCUUGAUAUUAAUAAAACUGUGGUGGCGACUGUCAUGGAAUUAAUAUUAACGUGCGACAUCUUUUUAAAGAAAAAUAAUAAUAAGUGUUUUUUAUAAAGUUCGAUAUACGAUAAGACAUUGUGUAUCAGUGAUGUCAAUUUCAUCGAACUUUAAGUGGUCAAAAAUUGUGCAAUAAGGAGUCAAGUGGGUUGUUGUCAGGCGUUGCUUGCCUCAAGUGUGCAUUUGAACGUGUAAUUAGAGACGCCAAGAGUUGAUACGUUGACUGAAGGGAUGUAUUCCCGUACGGGUCCCUCAUUUGAGGGUUGACAUUACUUGGGAAUUAUUACGUACAGUUGUACACAUACUAGACAUAUAUUUGUGAAAAAUCAACGCAAAACACCUUAUUUCUAGACGUAUACCAUCUAGCGCCUUAAGGAACAAAUAAAAAUGAGGGAUCGACUAUCAUGGUACAUGGUGUUUUUAAUUCUUCCAACAAUUUUAUUAGCUCGUUCACUUGAUAAAGAUCGUCGAGUUCCAUAUAACAUCCCACCAGACUGGAGGGCAUUAUGGUACAGCAACCUUGAUGAGCUGCAAAGAGUCAAUGAGGCAAGCGACAACAACACAGUCUCUAAUGUAACUGUCCAAUUAGGUGGAACUGCAUUUUUGCAUUGUAAAGUUCGUAAUUUAGGCGAACGAUCAAUCUCUGAUGCAGAGAUAUCGUGGAUCCGUCGUCGAGACUGGCAUGUAUUGACGAGUUCUUUAUUCACAUACACAAAUGACGAACGAUUCCAAGCUCUUCAUCCAGAAGGUUCAGACGAUUGGACAUUACAAAUAAAAUAUGUUCAAGAGAGAGAUAAUGGUACAUAUGAAUGUCAGGUGUCAAGAAGUACUGGAAUAAUAUCACAUUUCGUAAAUCUAAAUGUUGUUAUACCAGAAGCAUUUAUAUUAGGUGGCGAAGAACAUCACGUAGAUGUGGGUUCUAUAAUAAGUCUUGUUUGCAUUAUAGAAAAAAGCCCGACGCCGCCUCAAUACGUGUUUUGGUAUCAUAAUAAUCGUAUGAUAAAUUAUGAUACAGCGCGAGGUAGCGUCAGUGUACAAACUGAACCUGGACCAACUCAAAGUCAACUGACCAUUCAGCAAGCAGUUGAAUCGGAUUCGGGAAAUUACACAUGCAGGGCAUCUAAUACGAAAGCUGCAUCAAUUUAUGUCUUUGUGACAGAAGGCGAUAAAAUGGCAGCAAUUCUACGCCGUAAAACGUCCGGUGCAGAGAGGACAUUAGGAGAUUUGAUACUGGCGGUCAUUGUGGCCAGUACCGUUUUAGUGCGAUAAGCGUUUCAUCCGAAAUGUCCAUUAUUAUCAUUAAUUCAGAUGUCAUGUUUCAUAGGUACUUGAUAAUGUAAACGAUUCAUUUUUUCUCCUAUCCGAUACCCAGGAUAAGAACUAAGUUAAAAAAAUUAUAUGUUAUUAAACAAUUGACACAAAGAACAAAGUUUUCUUGAAAGAAAAAUAAUUCAAUAAUAAAAAUAUUAUUAAUUAAUGACGAUUACGCGCAAAUUAAUGUAAAUACUUUCAUCUUCCAUUAAUAAUUUGAUUAUUGAAAUAAACCGUUUUUAACUCUGAAAUAAUUAUAAUUAUGUUUUAAGGGCUGCGAUUGGCAAAUCUUUGACGAAUAUAUGUUAUACGAUCGUUAUGUGUGUCAUGAGUAUUUGUUAAACUUGUAUGAUUUAUUUGCUGCAACACAGCACCCCUAAGCGAUAAUUAAUAUAAUUACGUAUUUACAAUAUAAAAUGCGAGAUAAUUAUAAUAAACAUCAAUGGAUGUAUGUGAUAACAUUCACUUUGACCUUUCGUUAAACACAACUUCAUAAUAAUCAUGAUGUGAAAUAUUUUAAGAAUAUGUUUGUACAUUUUUGAAUAUUUUUUAAGUCAUACUACAGUAUGCAAUAUAAUUAGAAAACAAUCCAGAUGUAUUGAUAAUGAAGGUAUACGAAUUUGUUCAGAAGAAAAAAUUUAUCAAGUCUUUUUAUUAAGUCUGUUAUAUAUUUCUGAGAAUAAUAAAGCAAUACAUGAAAAACAGUGAAAACUGUUCUAAUGAUAAAUAUAUACAAAGAGCGAUAAUUUAAUCGAUCAACAUCGAUAUCGUCAAUUAAUUGAUUAUCGCACCCUUAUUGUAACAUUAACCAUUAGGCAUUAUACGUAUAUUAUAAUUAAAAAAUUAUCAAAUAUGACAUUCUAAAUAUGUAAAAGUUUUAAACGUUCAUCAUGUCAUGGAGAAAAAAUUCAUAUGUCUAAAUUAUCAGAUGAAUUGCUCGGUUGAAAAAUAGUGGAACAAAAAUGACCAUUUAAUCAUAGCUCUAAUUAUGAGUCAAUUUUACAUGUAACUGCCGAGCAAAAAAAAAUUAUGCACUCUAAAAGUUUUAAAUUAAUUGAAUAUAUAUAAAUAUAUAUUUUUUUUAUUAUUAAUUAUAUCUCUUAGAUAUUUAAUUGGUUAUUUACCAACAUAUUACUGAUAUUAAUUAAAUAUAUCACAAAAAUGAGAAGAAUUUUAAUACUUUUAUUACUGAUUCUUUAUUAAGUAAUCAUCAAUGUGUUUAAAAAAUAAGUGAUUCAUUACGUGAUUGUUGAAAAAGUGUUGAAUCGACUUUCAUCAACUCUGUAUACAUCUAUAUUCACUUUGGAAGUAACAGUAAUUAAUUCUCUUAUGUGGUUAUCGAUACUUCAAAUUUUUAUUUAAAGUUUACUAACAAAUUUGUUUAAUAUGAAAGGUUGAUGAAAAAGUGAAGUAAGAUAAAGAGAAGAGUUAUAAUAAUUAUAACAAUAUCAAAGUUGUUGAAACAUUGCGUUUGUAACUGACUAUUAUGAAUUAAAUUAUAGAACAGUGGAAAUAUUAAAAAUAUAGAAUCAAUAUUGAAAUGGAGUACUAUAUAAUAAACAUUAUUUACACUAAGAGAAAAUUCUAUUUAUUUAAUAUAUUAAUGAUCAAGAGCGUUAUUAAUUUAAUUAUAUUAUUUAAUUUUUAAGAACUACAAAAAAGUGAGAACCAAAAUUAAAUAAAAAUUGUAGAAAAAUAUACGUUUAAUCUUACUGUAACAAUCGAUUAUAAAGAAAUAAUUUAUCUGUGAAAUUUUUUGCUGUCAGAUUAGAGACAUUUUAUAAAAUUAUAUUGAGGGGACGCAAUCGCAGUUGUACAAAAAAAUAAGCAAAAAAAAACUCAUUAUCAUGUUAUGUU